UGGACUGUUUCAGACACCGUGUUCAGGCCUGUUCGCUUCUGCAAGCUUUUAAAAAGCUCAAAAUUAAUAUUAUUCAGAGGUGUAACUGCGUGGUCUCCUGUUGGAGAAGCUUUUAAUGCACAGCAGCAGCACAGACGACUGGACCACGAGCACACAAAUGUGGGUUUGUUUGGGGUGGCAGAGCUCAGCUCUCCUGCCGGAUUCCAGGUUGUUCAGCGCGAAGCACUCUGGGAAAUGGAGUUUUUGGUGAAGAGAGCCUGCACACCGCCCUCUGCUGUUGAAACGGUGGAGGCGUUUGACCAGAUCUCUGACUGCUUGUGCAGAGUGGCAGAUUUGGCAGAUUUCAUCAAAGUAGCUCAUCCUGACCCUGCAUACCGUAAUGCAGCUGAAAAGACCUGCAUUGACAUCAGCACAGCGGUGGAAAAACUCAACACCAAUGUAGAUCUGUGUCAAAGCCUAAAGAACCUACUGGGUGAUGAGGAUGCUGUGGCUACACUGGAUCCAGACACAAGGAGAGUGGCUGAGCUGUUCAUGUUUGACUUUGAAAUUAAUGGGAUUCAUUUGGAUGAAGCAAAGAGAAGAAAGUCCGUCAGUUUGAAUGUGAAGCUGCUGGAUCUGUGCCAUUCUUUCCUGCAUGGCUCUCAGCUUCCCAGUAAGGUGGAGAAGCGAGACCUGCCUGAGCAUAUUCGCCACUGUUUCUCAGUCGAUGGGGACCGUAUUCAGAUUGGUGGACUGUAUGCAGAUUCUCCAGAUGAGCUGGUGCGAGAAGCUGCAUACAAAGUCUUUCUCUAUCCGAACUCUGACCUGUUGCUGUGUCUGGAUGAGCUGUUGGCCUGUAGGCAUGAGCUGGCACAGCUUGUGGGAUAUGAAUCGUUUGCGCACAGAGCUUUAAAGGCGUAGAUGGCAAAAACCCCAGAGACAGUGAUGGAGUUCCUACAGCUGCUUACAGAAAAGCUCUCAGUCAGAACUGCGAGAGACUUCAGCACGAUGAGGGACUUUAAGCAGAAAACAUGCUCAACAAACCUGGAUCUGAUGCCAUGGGAUCAUCUUUACCUCAGUGGAGCCAUUCGAGCUAAAAUGUGCAACAUUGAGGCCAUGCACUAUAGCCCAUACCUCUCUCUGGGAGCAUGUAUGGAGGGACUGAACAUGCUCUUCAGCCAGCUAUUCGGGGUCUCCUUCCACGCUGAGGAGCCGAAGAUGGGAGAGGUGUGGAGUGAUGAUGUCAGAAAACUGGCUGUGGUUCACGAGUCUGAGGGCCUGCUGGGAUACAUCUACUGUGACUUCUUCCGUCGUCCUGAUAAACCCCACCAGGACUGUCACUUCACCAUCCGCGGCGGGCGGCUGAAAGUGGAUGGGCAGUACCAGCUGCCAGUGGUGGUUCUGAUGAUGAGCCUGCCUCUGCCCCCCGGCAGAGCCCCCUUACUUCUUACCCCCAACAUGAUGGAGAAUCUCUUCCAUGAGAUGGGCCAUGCCAUGCAUUCAAUACUGGGCCGAACUCACUAUCAACAUGUGUCUGGAACCAGAUGUGCUACAGACUUUGCUGAAGUCCCAUCUAUUCUCAUGGAGUUCUUUGCCUCCGAUUAUCGUGUUGUGAGCCAGUUUGCACAUCACUAUGAGACAGGAGAGCCCCUUCCUGAAAGCAUGGUUACCCGUCUGUGUGAAUGUAAGAAAAUAUGUGGAGCUGCUGACACUCAGCUACAGGUUUUCUACGCAGCUUUGAAUCAAAUGUACCAUGCCAAACCGCAAAACAAAACAACCACUGAUAUUUUAGAAGACGUGCAGGGAAGGUUUUAUGGAUUACCAUACGUUCCCAACACUGCAUGGCAGCAGCGAUUCAGCCACCUGGUUGGUUAUGGUGCUAAGUACUACUCCUACCUCAUGUCCAGAGCUGUGGCCUCCAUGGUGUGGAAGCAGUGCUUUCUUAAGGACCCCUUCAGCAGAACCAUGGGAGUGCACUACCGCAACAAGAUGCUGGCUCACGGUGGUGGAAGAGAGCCCAUGCUCAUUAUCGAAGGAAUGCUACAGAAGACCCCUACUACUGAAGACUUUGUUAAUGCUCUAGUACUGGACCAUGACGCAGAUUUCUGACCUUCAAACUAGAUGUUUGUUCAAUUGAACAUCACUGCAACAAGCUGUUCCUUGUUGAUGCCUUAAUGUGUGACUUAUGCAAAAUUAGCAUCUUUAAAUUUGUUUAAAAAUACAAUAAAAAGUACCAUUACUUCAUUUUAACCAGAUUUUGUCUGCUGUGUUCAAAAUAAAUAAAACUAUAUUUUAACAGAA